AUGGCCAAAGUGAUCGCUUUCCCGACGCAAGUCACCGUUCCCGUUGAACGUUUCGCUUCUGGCACUGACGGCUUAUUGGUAUCCAGCUCACAAGAUUUAGAAGCCUUCGAUAUCAGAGCAAAGCUCAAUUCUGUUUGCGAGGACAUCGAGCUUCUGAAAUUAACAUUUGAAUCGUUGAAACGAUCGACUGAUCUUUCUGCCUGGUGCCAAGACUGGCCAAGUCGAAGCUUUGGAAAGGAAGAACGUGGCUCUAAAAACCAAACUCAAAGAAGUAGAGGCUGAAAGAGACUCACUUAGACCGGCACUGACAUUUCUAGCGAAAGACUUGAAGCCAGUAAUCUGCAAUCACGAUUCAACCGAAAAAAGAAAUCAAAAGGCGCGAGAAAUUACAGAAGAGCUGGUCGAGGUGAAGAAGAAAAAGUACACGCAAGCUUCGCAUUCGAAAGAAAAUGCCGCUAAGGAUACCAACACGAUAUCACUUUCUAAAUUAAGCAACUACUUAAUUCAAGAAAACGCUCAGUACAAUUGGUUUAAGUCGUUUUUAAAAAUCGAACUCAAAUAUGUUUUGUUAGUGGUUCACUUUCUAAAACCUGCUCCCUCCAAUUAGGCAUCCCUUAAGGCACAAUAAUGGGUCCUCUAUUUUUUUGUUAUACAUAAACGACUCACCAAAAUGCUUAUCUAACUCUUAUUCUAGAAUUUAUGCCGUGA